AUGCCUUCGCUCACUCAGCCUCUGUCGAAGAAGAGGCGGCACGAUGACUUCGACGCCAACGCCGAGUACCAUAUAUUGUAUGAGCAACUAUACGGCAAACCGCCCGCUGCGUCCCUCGCUGACAAGCUCAACCUCAGCCCGCAGGACCUCCACCACGACAUCUACGCCCAGCGCCAUGGCCCACCACCCAAGAAGAUCAUCUCGCUCUCCAGCCCGCGGGCUAAGAAGCUGCGGAUGAUGGCAGAGCAGCAAGACAGCGACGAACAAACACCAUACUCGGUCCACACACUCCAACAAACAAACCCGAAGCCGACCCCCCUCGCACCAUCGUCACGGCACAACCACGCCAGGUCGCCAUCUGCCAGCAAGCUGGGCCCCAGGACAACGAUCACCACCAACGUACUCGCGCCGUGCCACAUCUGCCACCGGAAACCCACGAAAAAGACCGAGCUCGACUCGUACGCCGACUGCCAGGGCUGCGGCGAGAGGACCUGCUACGUCUGCAUGCGGGAAUGUCUGGGGUGGGCCACGACGCCGCGGGACAGGCGCGGUCCCAGCGACGAGGAGGAGGAGGUACUGAUGCGGGACGAGGAGACCAACAGCGAACAUGAGCAAGGGGGAGCAAAUGACACAGGCAACGACCACUCGUUCAACAUGGAGGACGCGCCGCCAGAGGACGCACACCUCGACCACGACAGCCCACGAGCCGACCACAGGAUAAGGGAGGGGACAUGGGUCAAGGAAGGGGGCACGGGCCAUCGAGGGAGGAUCUGCAGCCGGUGCUGUGUAGAGGAGGGCGUGGAAGGCGAGGUCACCUGCCUGGGCUGUCUCGCGGCCUAG